AUGGCUGUCUCCAUCAUCGAGCAAGAUCAAACUGUUGGUGAAACCAGCCCUGGAUCACCUAACCCAGCCGAAUCCACUUCCAAUGGUGUUGAGAUCGAGAGAUAUGAAUGCUUAGAAUCUGAGAGAAGCACAGGUUUCGAGGCUCAAUUGACUCCAUCACAAACACAAGCGCGACAACUGCAAUGCUCUCAGUACUUCAACCAUGCAUCAUCCACUGAAAUAUUGGAACUAUAUUCGGUACUCUGGAACUGCUAUACUAUGGGCAAAACCGAGAAUCACAAUCUUCAGCAGGAGAUCAAAAUGCUCCGUUCUGUCAAUUCUCGGCUAUGCCUUAGGUUGCAGGUUGCGGAACAGGAAACGUGCAAUCAAAAGGCUGUGCUAGCCUACUCCGAGCAACGAUUCGCCAAUCUUCAAGAAAAUCUCAGAAACCUUCUCCACUUCGAGAAUAUUGAUGGAUCUGAGGUCAAUUCCGAAACAGCCUUCCAUCAAGGUGCUUUGUGA